AGACGAGUCGAGGAAGUCGUUCACGAGCACAGGGAACUGGAGAAGAAAGUGCGGACAAAGGAGGAGGCAUUCCGUGAGGCUUUGCCGUUAGCUGAGCGACUCGAGAGUGAUAUGAGCAGCCUGGAGAACUGGCUGGAAGACAAGACAAGUGAUGUUAAGAGGAGAGAGGAAGCAGGAUUCCCAGAGGAUGUGGACGCCGAGAUCAAGUGGAACAAGGGACUUGUACAAGAGGUUACAGGAAAAAUGUCAGAUGUACAGCAGCUUACACAAGUUGGCCGAGAGUUAGUAGACUUGUCCGAAACAGGCCAACUGGAGAAUUUAGAAGACAGGUUAACCCGUAUCAACAAUGCUUGGGAGGAUUUGAGCUCGGCCGCGGAACAGAGGAUGCUGACUUUGCCUAAGUACAAGGCAAAGCUUGCUGAUUUCGAGAAGUCUGUGGAUCAGAUGAACCAAUGGCUGGAAGAUAUGGAAAAGGAAACGAGCAAAGUUCACCCCAAAGAAGAGGAGGUUGAUUUGGCCAAAAACAAAAUUGAUGAAAUACAAGAGAGCAUCAAAAACCGCGAGCCACAACUUAACCUGAUCAGGAAACAGAGCGGUGAGUUCGUUCAUCGUGGUCGUCAGAUCAUGGAGCCUUACAAGCGACUUCUUGACAGGCGCUGGGACGAUCUCUCGGCGCGAAUCGGUCAACUGGAGGAAGAAUUAGAAGACACGAAAAAGAGAGCAAAGGAAGCGAGAGCUAAAGGAGGACGAGUGGAAACUGAGAUUAUCGUCACGGUCAGAUAAAAAACCCCAUGCCUCUUUAUGUUUAUAGACCCCGUCCAUACUACGCUGGAGGAAUUUGAAAACGCAGCUUUAUUUCUACGGUUAGGCCUAACGUCCACACUAAUCCAUG